AUGACCAACUGCUGCUGUUCCCCUUGCUGCCAGCCUAUCUGCUGUAGGACCACCUGCUGCAGGAACACCUGCUGUAAGCCAACCUGUGUGAGCAGCUGCUGCCAGCCCAGCUGCUGUGAAACCACCUGCUACAGGACCACCUGCUGCAAACCAACCUGUGUGACCAGCUGCUGUCAGCCCUGCUGUCAGCCCAGCUGCUGUGAAACCACCUGCUGCAGGACCACCUGCUGUAAGCCAACCUGUGUGAGCAGCUGCUGCCAGCCCUGCUGCCAGCCCAGAUGCUGUGAAACCACCUGCUGCAGGACCACCUGCUGUAAGCCAACCUGUGUGAGCAGCUGCUGCCAGCCCUGCUGCCCACCCAGCUGCUGUGAAACCACCUGCUGCAGGACCAUCUGCUGCAAACCAACCUGUGUGAGCAGCUGCUGCCAGCCCUGCUGCCCACCCAGCUGCUGUGAAACCCCCUGCUGCAGGACCACCUGCUGUAAGCCAACCUGUGGGAGCAGCUGCUGCCAGCCCUGCUGCCCCCCCAGCUCCUGUGCCCCCCCCUGCUGUAAGCCAACCUGUGGGAGCAGCUGCUGCCAGCCCUGCUACCAGCCCAGCUGCUGUGAAACCCCCUGCUGCAGGACCACCUGCUGUAAGCCAACCUGUGUGAGCAGCUGCUGUCUGCCCUGCUGCCAGCCCAGCUGCUGUGAAACCACCUGCUGCAGGACCACCUGCUGUAAGCCAACCUGUGUAAGCAGCUGGUGCCAGCCCUGCUGCUGUUAG